AUGUCUAUAGUACAGCCCAUCAUCCGAGACCAACUCGUUAUCCACGACGACGACUGGGACUCAGUGUACCACGUCGAAUGGGAACCUGAUGCCAACUUCUUCACCGGCUCUGAACUUCGACCCAGAACACCACUGUGUAAAGCAACAGCCGAUCACCAGAUCACUCUAGCCCGCGCCGCAGCUCUGAUAAUUCGCGCAUCUCUCAACAACAUCCCUCUGGAUAUCCCGGAUUUUGAUGCCUCUAAACUUACAGGCUUCCGAAAACAAUUGUAUCAAUGGAUGCAAGCCUACAACUCGUCUCAGGCGAGUAAGCUUGUGCUGGGCGAUGUGACGAUGACGGUUAUGAUUGAGAUCUUAUCGUCGCUUACGCGUAUGGGCGUUGAGGGCGAGAUUUUGGCCAAGAUUGGACCGAAUUUGGGAGCUAUUCUGCAGGGGACUAUUGAUCCAAUCCCACUGCUUUUGGAAGGCAACAGGUUCAAUCAGAUGCAAGACGGCAUGGAGUUAUUGCAGAAGAUGAGAAGCCAUCUCAAACAGUAUCUCUCAUCAUAUGCGACAAAGAAACCGGUUCUCAACGUCCUUGAGGUCGGCGCCAGUACGAGCAACAACAAAGAGACCAUCUUUAAAGCCCUUCGGGAGCAGAAGAAUAUCUCUUACACUCUUACCGAUUCGUCGCUAUCAGUACUAGAGCAAACUAAGUCGGGCAUCACCAAAGACUUCCUAAAGCUUAAGAGUUUUGACAUUAACCGCGAUGCUAUUGAGCAAGGCUUCAGCCCCAAUACCUACGACCUAAUCCUCGUCAACAACAUUCUCCAUACAGCCAACUCUCUUACAGAAACACUAACAAAUUUGCGCAAACUCCUCGUCCCUGGUGGUGUCUUGGCCAUGGUCGGACUCUCGGACAUAUCUCCAGCGUACAGCCUCAUCUUGGGUAUGAACGAGAAUAUGUGGUCAGAUGAACGUUGUGAACAAUUGCCAUAUCCUUCGAACGAUGAAUGGAACAAGCUACUACAGGGUACCCAGUUCAGCGGUCUUGAACCAGCGACGAACAUGUUCGAUUACAUCGGUCAAUCUUGCUACUGUGUUAUCUCUACAGCAGUUGCAUCAACCCAGCGCCUGAUGGUAAAUAUUCUACCGGGCUCUCAGGGUAGUAUGCUUGGCUUUGCGGACCAACUGGCUUCCACACUCGCAGAGAACGGUACAGCCUCUACCAUCACACCGACUCGUCUAGACGACAUCUCCUCACGCUUCGUUUACAUCGUUCUCGAUGAUGGAUCCAGCUCUCUGAGUGAAUAUGAAAGCCUCCACAAAGCCAAUAACGUUCUUUGGAUCAACAUGCCCACUGGGUUCGCAACACAACGUGACAUGAACAUCAUCAGCCGUUUCGCGCGCGACGCUCAGAAGGAUAAUGAAAGCCUCAAGCUCGUGAAACUCGACGUCAAGCAGGAGUAUCCAGAGUGUGCAGACCUUCUCAGAGUUAUCAUGCGGAUCAUCCAAGUUUCGUUCCAAGAGGAUCGUGGUUCGAGGAUGGAGUUGGAGUAUGAGUAUCGCAAUGGAAGAGUUCUUGUGCCACGCAUGAAAGGGUCAGGAAUUACGCAGAAGAUUGCCUGA